UCCAAGGUAGACAACCAAACGAGAGGCAAACACAACACUUGUCCUCAUCAUCAUCUUUCGUUGGGAAGGUGAAACCAAUGCGAUCUCAGAUGAAACAUGUGAAUUGCUUUGCGCAGUUUUCGAGACAGAGAGGGAUGAGGUUGCAACACCACAUUGGGAGACCAGCUGCCUCCUGCGCCCUGGAGAAGGACAUCUCUCCUGUGGAGGCGCCUUGCGGGCACACCUCCAUGCCCGGUCCCACCAGGUGGCCAGUGGUGGGCAACUUGUUGGAGAUCAUCAGGAAAGGAGGGCUCAAAAGGCAGCACGAAACCCUGCUCCACUACCACAAGAAAUUUGGGAAGAUUUUUAAAAUGAAAUUGGGAUCUUUCGAAUCAGUGAACAUCGGUGAUCCCCGUCUCCUCGAAGCCCUUUUCCGUAAAGAGAGCAAAUACCCCCAACGCCUGGAGAUUAAACCAUGGAAAGCCUAUAGAGACUACAGGGACGAAGCAUAUGGACUACUUAUCCUAGAAGGAAAAGAAUGGCAAAGAGUCAGGAGUGUGUUUCAGAAAAAGCUGAUGAAACCCACAGAAGUGGUCAAACUCGAUGGGAAAAUAAAUGGGGUUCUAAAGGAUUUCAUGGGGAAAAUUGAGGAGGUCCGCGAUGAGACCGGCAGGAUUGAUGACUUGUACCACGAACUGAACAAAUGGUCUUUUGAAACAAUCUGCCUGGUGUUAUAUGAUAAAAGGUUUGGCCUUUUGGAACGGCAUGUGGUCGAAGAAUCCUUAAACUUCAUCAAGGCUAUUAAAACUAUGAUGAGCACGUUUGGUAAAAUGAUGGUGACCCCAGUUGAACUCCAUAAAUGUUUUAACACAAAGACGUGGAAGGACCAUACAGAAGCCUGGGACAAUAUAUUCAAAACAGCAAAACACUACAUUGACAAAAGACUGAGCAGACACUCCUCCUGCCCGGCCAAUGAUUUUCUGUCGGAGAUCUACUAUGACAAUGAACUGUCAAGGAAAGAACUGUACGCUGCCAUCACUGAACUACAGAUUGGAGGGGUGGAAACGACUGCUAACAGUUUACUAUGGGCUAUCUUUAAUUUGUCUCGAAAUCCCAAGGCGCAAGACAAACUUCUACAGGAAAUACAGAACACACUAACUGAAAACCAAAUACCAACUGCAGAAGACAUUAAGAAAAUGCCUUUUCUAAAGGCUUGUCUGAAGGAGUCCAUGAGGAUAACUCCUUCUGUGCCCUUCACAAGUCGAACACUGGAUGAAGAGAUUGUUCUCGGUGACUACCUGCUACCUAAAGGAACCAUACUAAUGAUAAACAAUCAUGCUUUGAGCUGCAAUGAAGAAUCUUUUCACGAUGGAGAUCAGUUUAAGCCAGAGCGAUGGUUACGGGAGAGCCGGGCGAUCAACCCCUUCGCACACGUACCAUUUGGCGUUGGGAAGAGGAUGUGUAUUGGCUGGAGGUUAGCAGAGCUACAGCUACAAUUGGCCCUUUGCUGGCUGAUACAGAAGUACAGAGUUGUAGCCACUGAUGAAGACGAUGUAGAAAUACUACACUCUGGGAUUAUGAUUCCAGGUCGAGAACUUCCAGUCGCAUUAUUGAGACGUUGAGGAGAUCUGAGAUUCUUCGAGAGCACUGUUCUGCUACACUCGUUCACCUCAGCACUUUGUAAUCAGCUAAAUAGGGAGUGCAAGGCCAAAGAGUGUUGUGGGAGUUGAAGGAUUACAACAUGUUCAGUGACCCAUGUAGGAUUAUUGCUAUUUCACCAUGAAGGUUGAGCUGAUAAGACAUUGAGUAAUACAAGUUAUUCUGUCAAAGCUACUCAGUGGGCAAUUUCCCUAGCUAGAGAAUCAUAAAGUGAUAGUGUGCGACACUGGUAUUUAAUAUACUGCAGAGUUAAGAUGUAAUCGAUGGCUGGUGGCUGCUUGUACUGCUUUUUCUUCCCAAAAGAAGUAAGAUAUGCCAGAUAACCAGAAAGAAUCUUGGAAGUUUAGGAACUUGUACUUUAACUUGCUCCAAAAAAAUCUGUUCAAUUCAGCAUUUUGGCAUCUGACACAUGUUCCCAAACCCACUCUGAUGAUAGGAAGAUGAGAGGGUGGGUUUUAUGGAAAGGCGAGAUCUUCAUCCAAACUGAUUUUGUAUUUUUGUGAUUACUUUCCAGUUAGAAUGGAAACUGCUCAAACCGCUCUUUGCUUCACCGAAUUGUAUGUUUGUAUAGGUUCAAGAGAAAAUAUCUUAAUGUUGCAAAACUUAAUAUUCAGAUUAUUUCUGAAUGACUAAAUGUAUAUAUUAAUUCUUUCCUUGAAGCAUAAUAAAUGUUAUCAUUAUGCUUAAAGGUUAAUUUUCCUUGGUUAAUCGAUGGAACAGAAUGUUCAACCUGUUAAGAGUCAAAAUAUGUGCUGUACUUUCUAAUGGAGUUUGUUCUAUUCAGAAAAAAUCUAUAAAGUUAAAACUCAGGGACUUUACAACAUAUUAACCAACUUGUGUAUAUUUACAUAACGAGAUAACCUAUUUGAAGAGUAAAGAAGUGUGUUUUCUGACUUGGAAGUGUCUUUAAUUAUCGAUAUAUUCUGUUAUUAAAUCUCGCAAGAGUCAAUCUUUCAA